CUUGUUUCAAAUCACCUCCCGAACCACCUCUUUCAAGGUGUUACAACAUUUUUGGGACACCCUUGGCUAUUCAACCUAUCCAAUUGGCGAGAAAUAACGAAAUCGAAGAAAGUUUCGACGGUAAAAUGGGAACUGUUAUCGGAUGGGGAAAAGAUCGAUCGAAAGGCAUGGGAACGAGGAGAUUGAAAUUCGCGACUCUACCGAUUAUUUCGAAUUCCGAAUGUAGUAUGUCGUGGAGCAUAACGCCGAAGAAACACGUGUGCACGGCAGCCGGGUACAAGCAGGACGCUUGUCAGGGUGAUAGCGGCGGACCUUUAAUUGCAUUUGAUGGCGGUGUUCCCCUUCAAGUCGGAAUCGUGAGCUACGGAGACACAAAUUGUCCUAGUAGCAGGCCUGGUGUGUUUUCUAGAGUCACUGGGUAUAUCGACUGGAUUCAGGAAGUUACAGGACUUCAUUUUUAAGAAAAUUUGUGAUAUUGCUAUUUUUAUAUGAAUACGACUAAGAAUGUAACGUUCUAAAUACUUGUAUACCGACGUGUAAAUAAAAAUUUAUAUUUUUAUGA